AUGGCGCCAUUACGGGUUGGCGACACGGUCAAUGUGCCAGGCGACAUGUACGGCACAGUCAAGUUCGUCGGACCGGUAGAUGGCAAGAAGGGGACAUUCGCAGGCGUCGAACUGGCACAAGAGUUUGCUUCAAGAGGGAAGAACAACGGUGAUGUCGAUGGGAAACACUACUUUCGCACCGCAAAUCCUCGUGGUGGCAUCUUUCUUCCUGUCGACAAAGCUGAGGCUAGACUGUCGGGCAGCAGCACUACGAGCAACAACAAUAAACCCGGUACCAGAGCGACAAGUGUGUCUGGUAGUCCCACCACUUCUGCCGUUUCUACUACUACUCGAUCCACGCCGCGCCCGAGCAUCAUCAAGCCCAGUUUCAGUCAGAGUGUAGGUCCGAGCCUGCAACAGCGCACCAUGAGCCCGACCGCAUUGAAGCCGUCACUGAGGAGGGACAGUCUAGCUAGGCCAACAAGUCCUGCGAGACAGCAGCGACCAACCAGUCCAUUAAGAAAAGCUCAACAGCCAUCUCAAUCCCAGACUCCUGCUGCCGGACGAUUGACCACACCUAAGACAAGACCUAGCAUAGGACUGGCACGUAGUACGAUGGGCGUCCCAGCUACCACUGCACCAAAGACCGGUCUACGAGCACCCAGUCAUACUAAUGGUGGGCCUAACAAGUUCAGCCAGAGUUUGAGACAGAGUACCAGCCAAACGCCUAGUAGAUUACGAGCUGCCCCUUCCGUACAGUCUUCUACUACACCACUUGGUCCUGACGACCGGUUCGACGAAGACGAUACCAUCCUGGAACAAAACGAACCCGAAACCACUCCCACCCCUUCUGCUAGAAACAUCGAUCGUGAAGUGGCUGCCAGUACCGAAAGAUUAACACAAGAAACACAAAGGUUGAGAGACGAAUUGUCGCAAAGAGAUAAGCAGCUUGCAGACCAGGCUAAGAGCAUCGCCGAUAUGGAGCGCAGUCUGUCCGAGUUGCAGAGUCUGAUCGACGAUCAACAGAACAUUCCACAAGACGAGUCGGAUCUGCCUAGCGACGUCCACACCUUGCGUGCCCAGCUGCGCGAGAACAACGAGAAAGUAAAACAGCUCUCGGCUGAGUUUGACAACAAUCGAGCAGAUUUCAGGAGCACCAUUGACACCCUCGAGAUGGCCAGCACAGAGACGGAAAGAGUCUACGAGCAGAGGGUCGAAGAUUUAUUACAGCAAGUUCAGCAUCUACAAGAACGCAAUGAGGAUGUCGAGAGUGUCGCGCAGCAGUUCAAACAGCUCGAGGAGCUUGUGCAGGAGCUUGAAGAGGGAUUGGAGGAGUCGAGAAGAGCCGAGGCCGAAGCAAGAUCUGAAGUCGAGUUCUUGAGGGGUGAGGUGGAACGUAGCAAGAGCGAGCUGAGACGAGAAAAGGAGCGUGCGGCCACUCAUGCUGCGCUGGAAGGCGGAGAUAAUGGCGGUCCUACCAUUGAAGAGCUUGAAGAGAUCCAAACCACUCUUCAGCAGAAAGAGGAUGAGAUUCGAGGACUCAAGACUAUCAUCCAAAGUUUGCAGGGCACGGCGCCACCACACCGCGACUCAUAUGGACCUGCCACACCAAAAGCUAAUGGUGUCAGUCAUGCAAAACAGAAACCAGCUGGCAACAAUUCCAUUUCUGAUGAUUCGAAUUCAGGUGAUGUUCUUCAGCGUCAGAUAAAUGAUCUGGAGUCUCUGCUGCAACAGAAAUCACACCAUGAAGUCGCUUUACAGGAAGAAGUUCGCCAACUGCGCAAUUCAGUCAACCUCAGCGGCAGCAAAGGCUAUUUCCCAGGAGGUGCUGCAGCAGCCUUAGGCCUCAGUCUUGGUCAUCGUAGAUCAGAUAGCCAGAACGAAAAGCACAAUAGUAGUGGUAGUCAACGAACUAUCGUUGGUCAACAAACUCCCGGCCACCAACGAAAGGACUCGACAAUACCAGACCUUUCUCGAGAUCACGAUGCUGAUAACCUUGGUGGUCGAAAUUCUCCAUUAAAGGACGCCUUUGGCAUCGAUACAGAAGGCUCGGAAGAAGCAAAUGAAGAGCGACGAAGGAGAAGUGCAGGAGCAUACAAAAAGCCGCAGGAAGCACCAUCAGUCUCUGAGACCUCAACCGCGGCAUUGUGGUGCGAGAUAUGCGAAGAACCUGGGCACGACAUCCUCAAUUGUGCAAACAUGAUGGGCUCAUCCACACAUCGAGAGCCAAGCCCUCAACCCGAGUUUCGCACUGGCAAAGACGCAGUCAGGGAAGGCUUGAGACGCUCGAAUAACAACUACCUCUCCGAAAAACCUGCUCCAUUAAGAAGAAGCAGUACACAUGACCCUCCACACCCACCACCGAAUGCCCCCUUACCAGCUCCGCCCACCUCCUAUGCCAACGGCAACGGCACUGGCAGCAACCGCUCCUCCGCCACCCCAGCUGGAUCCGCACAGACCACCUCAUCCACUACCGCCACCCCCACAAAAUAUGCCCUAAUCGAAGGCACCGGCGACCAAGCAGGCAUGAUAGCCGGUAAAACCAGCGGUAUCAUUGAUCCUAACAGAUGGUGCGCCCUCUGCGAGAAAGACGGCCACGAAAGUGUCGACUGUCCCAUCGAAGACGCGUUCUAG